AUCUUGGACAGAGUGUGUUGUGCGAGCGGAUUGAAAGGAGCAGAGGAGGGGCGGUGGCGAGUGGCAGUAACAGCAGCGAGGGACGAGUGGGGGUGGGGAAAAAAGAAAGAAAGGAGAGGAGCUCGCUGCGCGCGCGCAGACACAGGCCCCCACCUCCCCACCCACAAUACCCAGAGCACGCGUAAGGCGGUGGUGGGGCCGGCGCCAGACCGAGUCUCGAACCCGGAACGAGAAGGGGAGGAGACCUCCCUUGUUGCUGCCGCCACAGCCGGAACCAAGCUGCCCAGUCACCAGUCCCUCGGACCCAGUGCCACCAUGGCAACCGCACCUUACAACUAUUCCUACAUCUUUAAGUACAUCAUUAUUGGGGACAUGGGUGUAGGAAAGUCUUGCUUGCUCCACCAGUUUACAGAAAAGAAAUUUAUGGCAGAUUGUCCCCAUACAAUUGGUGUUGAGUUUGGUACAAGAAUAAUUGAAGUUAGUGGCCAAAAAAUUAAGCUGCAGAUCUGGGAUACAGCAGGACAGGAGAGAUUCAGGGCUGUCACACGGAGCUACUACAGAGGAGCAGCAGGCGCUCUUAUGGUCUACGAUAUUACUAGAAGAAGCACGUAUAACCAUCUAAGCAGCUGGCUGACAGAUGCAAGAAACCUAACUAAUCCAAAUACUGUGAUAAUCCUUAUAGGAAAUAAAGCGGAUCUGGAAGCGCAGAGGGAUGUGACAUAUGAAGAAGCCAAACAGUUUGCUGAAGAGAAUGGAUUGCUGUUUCUUGAAGCGAGUGCUAAAACAGGAGAGAAUGUUGAGGAUGCAUUCCUAGAGGCUGCCAAGAAAAUCUAUCAGAACAUCCAAGACGGGAGCCUGGAUCUAAACGCUGCAGAAUCUGGUGUACAACAUAAGCCUUCAGCUCCACAGGGUGGCCGACUAACCAGUGAACCCCAGCCGCAGAGAGAAGGCUGUGGCUGCUAGUGACCUCACUUCUCGGCUCUGUUUCUGACCUUUCACCUCUGUUAGGAGCAGUGCUUUUGGCUGCUUCAGUUUCCUCUGUCCAUCUUACUGGGUUUAAUUAAAACUCCUGAGGCAACAGUUUAACACAGCACUAAACUGCUAAAAAAUAAAUAAGAGAAACUUAGAUGUAAUCAGGUUAUCAAAGGCAAGUAGAGUCAUACCCUCUCCCUGCAUGGUAAAUCUAGAAGUCUCCCCCCACCCCAGUCCUUGUGAAUAGGUGUCACCAAUACAUGAUUUACAAAACAGAGCACUGAUGGUUGGACCUCAUGAUUUUUAUUAUUAUUCUUUCUCUUUCUGCAGGGCUUUGUCUCUUGUAAAAUUUAACUUUACUAGCUUCAGCCUUUCCUCGCAGUCUGCAAGUGGUCUGGAUCUGUCCUUUUUAGUAACAAAAAAAAGUUGAUUUGCUGUGAAACAACCUACAUGAUUAGAGUGGCAUCCUGCAUAAGAUUCCUUUUUUAGUGGGAAGGAGUCCCUAUUAUGCAGUUGGUGGUGGUGGUGGUGGCGGCGUGGGAGCACUCAUUGCAGGAGUGUUAGCCUUCAUCCAUCUUGGCCUCCCACAUGGCAAGUAUCUCUCUUGUGCUUGUGCUCUGUAGCUUGAUGCCACCCACCUCUUCCUUCUCCUUACCAUUUUUACCUUUUGUGGCCCUUGUUAACAGAACGUAAAUAUGUAUAAAUUUUGAAGGAACAGAGCUAACACUUUAAAAAGUACAUUCUGUGUAUAUGAUCUUAAUGAAAUAAAAACAAACUGAUUUACUGGCACUAGAAUAGGUAAUAUAUUGGUCUGUACAGUUCAACCUAAUAAUGACCACAUCACCCCCAGCUUUAGUAACUGCAGUUCACUGACCAUUGGCUUGAUUCCGUGGUGUUGGCAUUUGGAGGUUGUGCUUAGGAAGCUGGUUCCUGACACAGUGCAAAAGAACACCUACCCCAGUGUAAUAGUAUCUGUCCUAUCUUGGCACUGUCGUCAGCCUAUUGCUGCUUUUGUUUAAUAUUCCUGGUCUUGUGCAAUUGCUGGUGUGCUAAUAUACUUUUCCUCUCUCUUUGGGAAGACUUUUUGCAUUAAUCCAGCUUCAUUUCCUGCCUUAUUGUAUAGGAAGGAUGGGCUGUUGGACAUCUUACACUUUUAUGAAAAGAUAUAUUCUCAACUGGACUGUCAAGCAUUUUACACUCUAGGGAUUUUGAACCAUACCGUGGCAUUUGACACUACAGUUGACAUAGGCUUAAUUUCUGCUCCUCCUCAGUUCUUCCUUCAUGCUGUGGUUGCAAAGAACUUUGAGAGAAGUAAUUCAGAGCAAUUGUGUAUAUGCAGACCUGUCUGUCUACUUGGGUUGGAGCCACCACAUAUGUAAACAAUCUCAACUGUACUGUAACUCUUCCAUAACAACCUGCUAUUUAAAAGAAAAAGAGGGCAACAAAUGGGUUAAGCUUGAUUGGGCUUCACUAUGUUUCACUAUAUUGACUGCAAUGCUUCAAAUAUAGCAUAGGGUUUUUUUGUUUUUAGCCCUGUAAAGACACUAAGCAAGGCCAUGUUCAACUAUGUAAAAGCAAAGGGUGAUAACCAGCAUACUGUACAGUCAAUGUUAAAUAAAAGCCAAAACUGGAAUGUGCAGAUGA